UGAAAACCAUGUGGUAGGGCUAUCUGGUCUACCUUCAGACAUUGAAAUUUGGAAUACAUUCAGUCUUUUCGGCAUAUCUUGUAGACCCAGCAACAGGAGUGCAGAAACUAAGUGGUUGAAACCCAACUGCCGUGGCGAGGUCACCACUGCUACCCUGAAUCCUGGUCUGGCGAAAAUGGGCAAGCCAAGGUUGAUCAUCAUCAUAAGGCAUGCCCAGUCUGAGGGGAAUCGCGACAAGGCAAUUCACCAGACAACACCGGACCACAGAGUCGGGUUAACAGAGGAAGGACAUCGACAAGCCCUCGAAGCAGGAGAGAAGCUCCGUGCUCUUCUCCGAACUGACGAUACACUUCACUUCUUCAUUUCCCCAUAUAGAAGAACCCGCGAGACAACAGAAGGCAUUUUGAAAAGCUUGUGUUCCAAUGACCCUGUGCCUUCGCCGUUCCAACGGCACCAUAUCAAAGUCUAUGAGGAACCAAGGCUGAGGGAGCAAGACUUUGGCAAUUUUCAACCAGACACCGAAGAAGUCGAGAGACUGUGGCGAGAACGUGCUCAAUAUGGCCAUUUCUUUUACCGCAUUCCUAACGGCGAGAGCGGGGCCGACGUCUAUGACCGUGUAUCAUCCUUCAACGGUUCGCUUUGGAGACGGUUUUCCGAAGAUACGAUGGCCAGUGUAGCUAUUCUUGUCACCCACGGUCUCUGCAGUCGCGUCUUCCUGAUGGCCUGGUACCACUACAGUGUGGAAUUCUUCGAGGAUCUCCGAAACAUCAACCACUGCGAGUUUUUGGUUAUGAAGCUGGGCGCAAACGGGAGAUAUGUGCUGCAGAACAGCCUACGGCGAUGGUCAGACCUUAGAAGGGAAAAGGCGGCCAGGAAAAGCAGUAUCUCCUCCGCAUCGACGCCCGCAAAUGUUGAAACCAUACCGGUUAGACGCUGGACGAUCUCUAAAAACGCCCACGAUCCCACCGGAGCCAGCUAUAUUCCUACGCCGGUGCGGAAAAGCACGAUAGAUAUGUUCAGAGACGAACCCGAAACGGUACAAGAGAAAGGCGAGUCUAAACGUAAUCCAAAGGCAGUGGCAACCGAGACAAGAGGUGGAACGAGCAGAGACCAAAGUCGCACAAGAGUACGGUCGUCGAGCAACCUUCGAACCUCCCUUAGUAAUCUCGCUUUGGAUACAGGAAGGAAAAGUACGAAUCUGGGUGGCAUAAAAUCAUACCUUGGCAGAGACGGUGGUGGGACAAGAUCGGGUCAAGGCUCACCAUUUGGGUCCGAUGACGAGACUGAAAAUGAGAGUCCUAAAGGAAUCACGCUGCCUUCGGGACCGUUGUCAGGGUCGCCCGAGAAGACCAAGAAAGCUUUCUCUUCGUCACUGGCUCGAGCAUUGCGAGGAGAAUUGGAUGAUCCCAACAGGAAGAUGGCCGAUGCCUUGGGUGACCAGAGUGAUGCAGAGGUGGAAGAGGCGGAUCUGGAGAUUGGGACUCAGGAGCGAGUUUCCGGCGAGCUUCAGCAAAUCCUAGAUGAAGAGAGGCGAGAGCGGAGCCAUCGAAGUAUCUACUAGAUUGCCUAGCAGGGCUGUGAGGUGUACGCCGGACAUUGUUUAUCGAGGAUCAGGCUGAGGAUGACGGAACUAGAAUGUUGAGGAGGGGGGGGGUUUCAGCCUCGUAGCCUCGUAGCCUUCCAGCUUUGCGCCAAGACAAAAUUGUAUGUGGUGGCCCAGCCAAUCGAAAUAGGUGUUUUCCUCUC